GCCGCGAUGUACAUGAUUGGAGCCAACAACCGCUCUGACUCCAAUCCGGAUCACACCGCUCCAAGCCCCUUGGGGCCCCGAAGACCUCGCCGGAACCACGGCGACCGUUCGCCGUUCAACCCGGUCAUCGUCCUCCGUGGAACAACCUCCGAAGGUGCUACUUCGAACGAAGAAGGUCGCGGAUUCGAGCUGUUCUACGAUGACGGUGUCGGGUCGGGGCUCCGACCCUUACCUACAAGCAUGUCCGAGUUUCUACUCGGGUCGGGUUUUGACCGCCUUCUCGAACAGCUGUCCCAGAUCGAAAUCAACGGAAUCGGACGGUACGAGCAGAGACCCGCAUCAAAAUCUGCGGUGGAAUCGAUGCCGACGAUCGAGCUCGACGAGUCUUACAUAGCGGCGGAGCAUCACUGCGCGGUGUGCAAAGAAGCGUUCGAAGUAGGAACCGAAGCUCGGGAAAUGCCCUGCAAGCAUAUAUACCACUCGGAUUGUAUACUCCCGUGGCUCUCCCUCCGAAACUCGUGUCCGGUAUGCCGGCAUGAGCUGCCGGCCGAUUCGGAGGCCGAGACGGGUCAGGAAGAGGACGAGAACGCGGGUCUUACGAUCUGGAGGCUGCCCGGCGGCGGUUUCGCGGUGGGGAGAUUCAGCGGCGGGAGAAGAGGCGUCGAGAGAGAGCUUCCGGUGGUGUACACGGAGAUGGACGGCGGUUUUAACGGCGCAGGAGCUCCGAGGAGGAUUUCGUGGUCGAGGAAUGGAGGAAGAGGGAGGCAGAGUGGUGGGUUGAUGCGUUUUUUGCGGGGAUUGUUUGGUUGUUUUGGCGGGGUCCAGUCGUCGGCGGUUUCGGGUUCGGGUUCGGAGAGGAGGUUCGGGACGCCAACGCCGCCUGGAACGACGAGUCGUAGGAGGGUGAGGUUUAUGGAUUUGGAGCAGACGACGACGUCGACGCCGAGGAGGCGGAGGACUUGGUCGAUGGAUGUGAACAGUGGGAUUGUUAGAUGGUGAGGUUCGUUAAUUUCACUCGUGGUGUAAAUAUUGGGUAAAAAAUAUGAGUGAAUGCGAAUGGGGCCUUGAAAAUCCCAUGAAAUUAGUAAGCUAGUUAAUUAAAAAGAAGCAGCUCAUCUGCAGAAGAAGAAGGACCAGCUCCAAGAGAGACAAAGCCAAAGUGAGUUUUUAAAGUUCCAUGGAGUGAAAUCUGAACCAGGAAUUCUAAGUGUAUUUUGAUUUCCUCCAAGAAUUUGUAAUUGGUAGUGAGAUUCAGUUUGUAUAAAGUGUAAGCAUCUUCUUCUUGUUCAUGUUCUUGUUCAUGCAUUGCAUGAGCUAUUUCUUGUCAUGAAAAUUGUUGGGAAUUACAAUCACCCUGGACAUUUUUUA